UUCGAAAUUUCAAAAAUUUGCCGGUGAGAGAAAACUUGUUCUUUGUCUUCUCCGACGAUAUUUCUUGAAGUUCCGGUGAGGUUUUUAGUUUUUCCACUCACGUUCUUUUAUUUCCUCGAUAUACCUGAUGGCUGAACCAUCAAGUCCACACAAUGUGGAGGGUGAAAACCCUGAACAGCCAGUAGUGGUGGAGGAAGAAGAAGAGGGAGCCGCCGGUGGUGGUUUACCGGCGUUAAAGUGGACCAGGAAGAGCUUUGAUCGUCUGCUUCUUGAUGUCCAAAUGCCCCCUGAAUAUGGGGCUUGCUACCCAUCGGAGGGUGACACUGGUGCCGACGCUCCGGCCGGUUACGUGACCAUGUGGGCGGACUUUUUUGGUGACUGCAAUCUCCGGUUACCUUUGACCGUUUUUGUUGUCGAGGUUUUGGAGUGGUACAAGGUCCACAUUUCUCAAGUGAGUCCCUUUGGUAUGAUCCGGAUUCGAAAUGUCGAAUUCACCUUUCGUGCUCUUGGUAUAGAGCCUACCGUUGGAGAUUUCCGACGGUUUUAUCAACUGACGGUGUCCUUGGGGUUCUUUUCUUUCCGUCAGCGAGAGGGUAGUCCCAAGCUGAUGACUCCUCCCAAGGGGUUGACGAUGUGGAAAAAGAAGUUCUUCUACAUCAAGGCUGCUGCCAUUGUUGCAAAGAUGACGUUUCGGAACGUGACCGAGACGAUCAUAGCAGAGACCAUUGGGGUCCCUAGUGUGAAGACGGUGGAGUGGUUUCCGCAGUUGCAGACCAUUGAGUCUGUGAAGUUGACCAACACCCAGUUGUGGGUGUUGCGCAUGAUGUUGACAAGGAGGAAUAAGAGGUCGAAGCCCGUGGUGCGGGAGAAAAGUGGUGAGGACGCUCCCGUAUGGAGGAUGUUUGCCCCGGAUUUCCAGGGUCAGGUGGAAAAAAUUGUUUGUGCGGAUGGCGAGGAGGAGUUUAAUGUUAUCAUUCGAGAUAACUUCCGGGUGCCUACUGAAGCCGCAUUAGCAGUUGAGUUGCCGCGGGGCAAAGGUGAUCUUGGGGCCUUAGGGGACCCUGAUGCGAAGGGUGUGCCUAAGAGGCAGACGGUGAAAGGCGUGCGCUUUCGCCAAAAGAAAAUAUCGGAGGUCCCUGUUGUGCCUCAUUUGGUACCGCAGGCGGCAUGUAUCUCUCACUCUUCUUUUCGUAGAUACUUGGAUUAUGUGAUAGUAUCUGACACCCUUGAGGGUUUGGGUAUAGCUGCGGGCUCGCAGUCUGGUGCUGGGAAAAGGCCAGUAGAAGAGACGGCUGCUGGUGCCGGUGGACCGAAACGUCGGAGGUUGCAGUCUAAGAGGACUGUACCGACAUCGAAGAAACCUGCAGUUACUGUUGGUAAGUUUUGUUUAGCUGGUCUCAAGUGUUAUGUAUAACUUGUUUUGACAGCUAUUUGACUUUGUUUUUGCAG